AUGGAGUCCGACUCUGAAGAUCUACCUGAAGAUCUUGCAGAUUUGAUUCCUGACUGGGAAAUGUACAUUGACCCACAUAACGAGUUUAAAUGGCUGGAGGCAAUUAGCGGAAAGGCCACAUACCAGCAGGGCAGCAACUCGGCAGUUGAGCAGAAUAUGGAAGAGCCGGAUCAUGAAAUGGCGGAGCUGGCAUUCGACCUCUUUGAUCGACUUGGCCGUUUACAAUCUCAUUUCAAGGAACAC